AUGGCUGGUGUUCAUAUGGCUGGUGUGUGUGGUGUGCAUGGCUGCAAGUUGUGCUUACUGUGGCCGGUGUUUGUGCCGUCUGUGGUUUCUGCACAGAACUCGGGGCCGCUACGGGCACGGGGAGAUGUUCACGUUCACACUCACCCUCGUGCUCAUGCAGUGCGCAAGCGGCGCUGCGUUUGCCCGGAUGAUGAGAUGCUGUGCACCAUCCCCGGUUGUGGACCACACGGCGCAGUGGAUGUACAUGGCGUGCGCACUCACCUGCCUGGGGGCCAUGGUCUCUGGGAACGUGGCCCUGCAGUUCAUCCACUAUCCCACCCAGGUGUUGGGGAAGUCAUGUAAACCAAUCUCAGUGUUCCUCUUGGGCCUCGUGUUUGCGCGCAAGAAAUACCCCGUGGCCAAGUACCUGUGCGUGCUGCUCAUCGUGACGGGGGUGACCCUGUUCAUGUACCGCGACGGUGCGGAGCGCGCCGGGACAUCCGCGCUGCGCGGCGGGGUGGGGGUCGGAGAGCUCCUGCUGCUGUGCUCCCUGGUGCUGGAUGGACUCACGGGGGUGCUGCAGGAGCACAUGAAGCUGCGGCACCAAACCUCGUUCCUGCACAUGAUGUUCCACGUCAACGCCUGGUCCUCCCUCGCCCUGGCCCUGCCGGUCGUGUUCACGGGGGAAGGCUUGCACUUCCUCCUGUUUGCACAAUGCCAUCCCAACAUCAUCUACCACGUCGCGCUCUUCGCAGCCACCAGUGCAAUGGGCCAGGUGUUCAUCUUCAUGACGGUGGUGACCUUCGGCCCUCUGACCUGCUCCAUCUUCACCACCACGCGCAAGUUCUUCACCGUCCUCACGUCCGUCGUUCUCUUUGCCAACCCAGUGACAGGCGCGCAGUGGUUUGGCGCUGUGCUCGUAUUCUUAGGUCUUGGCUUGGAUGCGAAAUUUGGACGUUUGUCAACACCGCGAUAACCUGAUAUCAAAUUGCAUUAUUUUCUACGUUUUAAAUUAUAGCAGUAACAUGUUAUCACGAUUUAUUUUGAGUGCGCUAAAUAAGACUUAUAUUGCGAUUACCAUGCAGUUAAUCACGAAGCCAAAAAUAAAGCAAAUAACUUGUCUCACAAGUGGCAGCUGAGAACUUGUAAGCACGAUUGUUCAAAAAUCCACACACGAUUCGCAAGAUUUAAAGAAGGCGCGUAUGCAUAGUGUGAAAGCGAAAAUGGGAUAAAUCCCAACUGUUUAUUUUUUACUUGGGAAAUGUGUAUGAGUCAUGGAGGUGGCAAAACAUUGUGUAAAUUACAAAAUUAUGUACGAGUGAAGUAACAUCAGAAUUCUUACAAAUAACAUGGGCCCAUGACAUGUGGCAAGAGGAUUGUAUCUUCUUUGGUUCUUUCGGUAAAGGCACGUAAAAUGAGAAUAAAACAAUAAGACAAUAAAAUUAUCAGAACUGUCGAGACGACAGUGCUUCAAUGAAG